AUGUCGGAAGAGCAGAGAAAAGAGCUCGAGUUGGUUUGGAAAUCACAAAUUACUCGACAGAUCAUUGAUUUGACAAAGAAAUGUUUUGAGAGUUGUGUUCCGAAUCCAAAUACGAAAGGUCUCAACAAGAAUGAUAAAGUUUGCUUCCAAAAUUGUGUCAGCAACUAUUUAGACAGUGCAGCAAUUAUUUCGGCUUCAUUACAAAGUGGACCACAGACAAGAUGA